AUGGCAUCCUCAUCGUCUUCCGCGAUUUCCCACUUUCCAUCCGUACUAUACAAACCCAAAUACGACACAUGGCCCUACUCAGCCCAGGAUUUCGAGCGCUCUGACGAGACCCCCGACGCGCAAUUCUACAGCGAAGCACGCUUGUUCACGCACAUUGACGACGCGGCGAUUGCGCGGCUGAAGCAGUACUACGAGACGGUGUUGCCGCGGACAGGCAAGAUCCUCGAUCUGUGCACGAGCUGGAAUUCGUACUACCCCACGGCUGUCAAGAAGGCGAUCUACGGCGUGGGCCUCAACAGAGAGGAAAUGGCGCUCAAUGGCGUGUUUUUGAGCAAGCACGAGAGAUGGCGCGUCUUGGAUUUGAAUGAGCCACCGUACGAUAUCCGCGCUGCGUGGAGGGGCGAGAACCUGCUGUUCGAUGCCACGACGUGUGUGGUUAGUGUCGAGUAUCUGAAAGAACCGCUCACGGUGUUGGGAAAGUUGCGGGAGGCGACAAAGGAAGGCGGAACGGUGCAUUUGGUUAUUAGUAAUCGGUGUUUUCCGAAUAAAGUGGUUAGUAGGUGGUCGAUACUGAAUGAGCUGAUGAGAUUGGAGUUUGUCGGUGAUUAUCUUUGUUUUUCUGGGUGGAAGAAUGUCGAGGCGGUGGAUCUUUGCGCCAAAGACGAGAGGGGUUUUCGCGUCACGGAUGAUAGAGGCACGGUUCUGAGAGGCUCGCCACAUCUUCCUGACCAUCUGGAUCCGCUGUGGGUUAUUCGGGGUACAAAGAGUGCGUAG